CAGGACAAAAGCAAUCUUCAAUCAAAUACUCUGUUCUUUUCCUUUCUUCCUGUAAUAGAAAAAGGAGAAACCUUUCCUCUCACCUGCAGUUACCAGAAGAAGCAACAACCACACUUUCUCUUUCUCUCUCUAAUUUACAGCCUUCACUACAAACGGUCACUUUACUUAUUAGAGCGAAACAGAGAGAAACAGAGAGAGAGAAACAGAGUAGAUUCAUAGAUGGAGUUUGAAUCGUUUCUUGUGUCCUUAGGGACAUCAGCAAUUAUCUUCAUCGUUCUCAUGCUCCUCUUCACCUGGCUCUCUCGUAGACCCGGUAACGUUUCGGUUUAUUACCCGAACCGGAUCCUUAAAGGUAUGGAUCCAUGGGAAGGCAGCUCCUUGACCCGUAACCCAUUUGCUUGGAUCCGUGAAGCUUUCACUUCCACCGAACAAGACGUUGUUAAGUUAUCCGGCGUUGAUACCGCCGUCUACUUCGUCUUCUUGAGCACUGUUUUGGGGAUAUUUGCUUUAUCAGCUCUUCUUCUCUUACCGAUUCUACUCCCUAUAGCCGCUACAGACAACAACUUAAAGACCUCAAGGAAACUCGCUGACACCACAAGUAAUGGAACCUUUAGCCAACUUGAUAAUCUCUCUAUGGCUAACGUCACUACAAAGAGUUCAAGGUUAUGGGCGUUCCUAGGAGCUGUUUACUGGGUAUCCGUAGUCACAUAUUUCAUGUUAUGGAAAGCUUAUAAACAUGUGGCUGCAUUGAGAGCUGAAGCACUGAUGUCUAGUGAAGAAGUAUUACCUGAGCAGUUCGCUAUUCUUGUUAGGGACAUACCUUCUCCACCUAACGGGGAGACACAGAAAGAGUUUGUGGAUUCUUACUUCAGAGAUAUCUACCCAGAGACAUUCUACAGAUCACUUGUUGUAACAGAAAACAGCAAGAUUAAUAAGAUAUGGGAAAACCUGGAAGGUUACAAGAAGAAGCUUGCGCGUGCAGAAGCAGUGUUUGCAGCCACUAGUAACCGACCAACGAACAAGACUGGCUUGCUUGGGCUGUUUGGAGAGCAAGUAGACAGCAUUGAGUAUUACACAAAGCUAAUCAACGAGUCAGUAACCAAACUAGAAGCAGAGCAGAGAACUGUUCUUGCUGAGAAGCAACAAACAGCAGCUGUUGUGUUCUUCACAGACCGAGUCACUGCUGCUUUAGCUGCUCAGUCUCUACACUGCCAAAUGGUUGAUAAAUGGACAGUGACUGAAGCUCCUGAGCCUCGCCAGCUCAUCUGGGAGAAUCUCAAGAUCAAGUUCUUCAGUAGAAUAGUCAGACAAUACUUGAUCUACUUCCUUGUUGCGAUAACCAUAUUGUUCUACAUGAUCCCUAUUACGUUUGUCUCUGCAAUCACCACUCUUGAGAAUCUCCAGAAGACUCUUCCCUUCUUAAAACCGAUUGUGGAGAUAGGUUUCAUAAGAACCGUCUUGGAGUCUUACCUUCCUCAGAUUGCACUCAUCAUCUUCUUGGCUAUGUUGCCUAAGUUCCUCAUGUUCCUCUCCAAGUCUGAGGGGAUUCCUUCGCAGAGCCAUACUAUUAGAGCUGCCUCCGGGAAGUACUUUUACUUCUCGGUCUUGAAUGUCUUCAUUGGUGUAACCCUUGCAGGGUCUCUGUUCGAUAAUUUGAAGGCUCUUGAGAAGAAACCAAACUCUAUUGUUACCGUUUUGGCUACUAGUCUCCCUAAGAACGCUACUUUCUUCCUGACCUACGUUGCUCUCAAGUUCUUUGUUGGUUAUGGCCUGGAGCUGUCUAGGAUCAUACCUUUGAUAAUAUUCCAUUUGAAAAGGAAGUAUCUAUGCAAAACUGAAGCAGAAGUCAAAGAAGCUUGGUACCCAGGAGACUUAAGCUACGCGACUAGGGUUCCCAGCGACAUGCUCAUCCUCACAAUCACCUUCUGCUACUCUGUAAUCGCUCCUCUAAUCCUCGUAUUCGGUGUCAUCUACUUCGGUUUAGGGUGGCUCAUCCUGAGGAAUCAGGCUCUGAAAGUGUAUGUUCCAUCUUACGAGAGCUACGGAAGGAUGUGGCCACAUAUUCACACUCGCAUACUAGCGGCAUUGUUUCUGUUCCAACUGGUUAUGUUUGGUUACUUGGGAGUCAAGCUAUUCAUUUGGGCGCCUCUCUUGAUUCCUCUCAUCUUCAUAUCUCUCAUAUUCGGCUACGUGUGCCGUCAGAAAUUCUACUCAGGGUUCGAACACACGGCUCUAGAGGUGGCUUGCCGUGAGCUGAAGCAGAGACCGGACCUCGAGGAGGUUUUCAGAGCGUACAUUCCGCAUAGCUUGAGCACUCACAAAGGAGAUGAUCACAAGUUUAAAGGAGCCAUGUCUCGUUAUCAAGACUACGCUGCAAUAUCAGCUGCUUAAGAUUUGAAUCCUUAUCUUUAAUUGUCUCGCAGAUUUGUUUUGUUUGUGUUUUUAGAAUUAUUGUGUGUGUGAUAUUAGGGUCUGUUUAGGAUUUUUCGUUUUUAUGUGUUCUUUGGUUGUUGUAACUUGUAACCAUGUAAGCUACGUUUUAUUUAUCAGUUUAAUCAGUCUUUGUUCAGAUGUUAAAUGUUUUCAUUGUUUAAGUUAGUUUCACCUGUUUGUGUUACAUUGUUACUUGUAUUGUUGAUCGUGUAACUAUCUAACACCUUACGGCUUAGUUGAUUGAGAAACAUAUAACGAGGACAAUGAUCCAAGAAAGUGCAACAUUUUCCUCAAAACCCUGUUUCUGCAUUUUAACAGUGAAAAAAAACUUAAAAAAUAAAAAGAAAGAAGAAGAAACAUUUCUUAAACAAUAUCAUACACAUGAGUUGUAGUCAUAGUUGUUCUGUUUUGGUUAUCUUCUCUCUGUUAGCGUUUAUCAUUGACGUAUAAAUGGGCCUCAAAUGGGAAGCCCAAAACAAACACUCACAAGAAUAAAUGGCCCACAAAUGAAGCCUAAACAAGAAAAGCUUCAGACACAAAAUCUGCGGUGUGAGAAGACACAACAGCCUUAUCCAGAGUUCAAACUAC